ACUUACUUCACUCAGACGCCACCGAAGGGAUUGCUGCUAGCUCUCCACACUUUACUUUGCUCCAAGCCAUCCAUGGGAUACAGUAAUCAAGGCGGCCAUGAGAAAAUACCCCAAUCCCAUGAAUCCUUGUGUUGUUGGUGUGGAUGUGGUUGACCGAAGUCUUGAUACUCAAGGACGAUUGCAUAGCCACAGACUCCUCAGCACAGUGUGGGGGCUGCCAGGCCUUGUGAGGGCAAUUCUUGGCAGCAACAGAACUUUAACUUACAUAAAGGAACAUUCCGUAGUUGAUCCAGUAGAAAAAAGGAUGGUUUUGUACUCCACAAAUAUUACAUUGACAAAUUUGGUGUCCGUGGAUGAAAGAUUGGUUUAUACACCACAUCCCAAAAAUCCAGAUGAGACAAUACUGACCCAAGAAGCCAUAAUUACUGUGAAAGGAGUCAGCCUGAGUAGUUAUCUAGAAGGACUAAUGGCUAAUACAAUAUCUUCAAAUGCCAGAAAGCUGUGCCGGCUGCGGCACAUCAGCUUUACUUUAAUUUCCAGUGCUGUUCCAGCACAGUCUGCUUGUUCCCUCAUUCUGAAGUUCCUGUGCAGUGACUCACAAAAAUGGGAGUGGAUGCCAGUGUGA